GGUCUGUCCCCGAGGUCAUCGCCCGCUACGUGGUACAACAGCACCUGAACCCAGCAUCUCUCUUCUACAACUACCACAGCCAGGAGAACGUGGAGCCCGAUGAUGGAGAAGAACAGUCCGGAGAUGGGGACAAGGAGAAGAAAGCUGGUGAUCAGAACGAGGCUGCGAAAAAUGAGGAGGACUCACUCUCGGAGGAGUCGAUGGAGGAGAAGAUCAGGGAUAUGUCGCAGUCGGACAGAGUGAAAUAUCAGCUUGAGGAGUUAAGACAGAGGUUUCCGCACAGUCUGCACAAUGACGUCCUUCUGGCCAACUGCUGCUGGGAGUAUGCUGUGGGCUGGAACAAGAACCCUGAGAAGACCCAGAAUUUGGAACUGUCACUGGAGUUUCUGCGACUGGUACAUAAUGCAGUGCUGAGGCAAGGUGUAUCCAGUCUGUUGUGGCACAUGUUUGUUCGGAAGAAAGUUUCUGCUGCCGCUCACUUGAUGGAGAAGGUUGGUAAGCCCCCCAAGGACAGGCUGUGCAGAAAGGAAGUUCACAUCAGUGACACUGCUCUUGUCACCUUCAUCUCAUUGUGCUCGGACUUUGUGGAGAUCAUCAUGGACGCCAACUGCGAGGCCAAUGAGGUGCCAGUGUGUAACAUGGAGCCCGCCUGGCAGAAGGUCCAGGGCCCGGCCUCCCUGCUUGAGCUGGCCAUCGACCAGAAGGCCACCAACUAUGGCCUGCUCAAGGUGCACCAGCACCUGCUCAAGAUCAUGUCUGCCAUGCUCACGCUGGGCAUCAAGUCCGUCAAAGUGCUCAGUCUCUUUGACAACAAGGGGAGAGCAGCACUGUUUAAAGAACUUCACUCACAUCCUCUGUUGCCAAACCAGAAAGUUGAACAUGAACUUUUCCUUGCACGACGUUCGUUCCUGUGCAAAGUGAUCACAUAUGCUGUUGGCACUAUUGACCCGCCUCCCGAACACACACCUGGCCAGCCCACCAUGGGAACCAGCCCUCCUGUAUACAAACGACAGCGCUCACUCUUUCCUAAUGCCUUCAAGUGGCCACAGGAAGUUUUAGCUCUCGCUAAAGAUUUUGGCCUUGACCUGGAUUAUCUGAAAAGACACCACGUUUGUGAGCUCUACUCCUAUGGUCAUGACAGACUGGCAGAGGAGGCGAUGAACACUGUCAAUGAUCAGGAAGAAAUGGGCUUGCAGCUGAUGAACAUGGCUGGUAAACGGCUGGCCUAUGAGAUCUUCAAACGAGAUAUUGACAAGAACUUCCAGCACUUGGCCGGGAUGUCCCCUACACUGACUCGGUGGAUGAAAACUCUGGACUUGAACACCCUUCACUUCCCACUGGUUCCCCUGUCCAACACUGUGCUCCUGGCGGAGCAGGCUGCGGCUCGCCUCAACGAGUCCUCUGUCCAUCACGAGCUGUCUCAAGAGCUUUUUGAACAGACCAAAAUGGUUUCGGAUUUCCAAGAGCCAUGAGGGGACGUUUGGGAGAAAUUGAUCAGGACCGAGAAAGUAAAAUGUAGACCUGGCUAAGGAAAGAAAGGAGUGUACAGUAGACUUCAUUUGACAUAUCCUCGUUAUUGCAAGAACACAUGAGAUACUGAUUGACCUUGCUCUACACGGUGAAUAAUAAAAACUCAAGAGUCUAUCAUUUUUCAUAUAACAGGAAUGACAUACCUUACUUGGCUAGUGUAAACCUUCUGUUAGUGUUAGCUUUAGUAAACUUGAAAUCUAAGUGUGAAUUCAGUCAUUGUGCUGUCUUAUACAAUACAUCCUAUUAGCCAUGUGGAAUAAUAAUCAAUUCAAAAGAUCUUGAAUUUCUAAAAAAUUUUGAUCUCUGACCCCAAGUUUUUUCCAGGCUCAGGACUUAUUGCUCAUUAUACUGACGCUAAAGAACUUUCCUGCUUGUCUUCUCAUUCACUCCUUAAUGCAGCUUGUAAAAAUUCCACAAUCUGAAUUUUUUUUGAAGUCGUCAGUUUUUCUUCAUUUUAUUUCCAUUUUUCAGCCUUUUUCGAGGUGCUGCCCUGUUCACCUUCUCGUAUUUCUACUGGUAAAAGGAGGAACCCACCUAGGUUGUAAGUUAGUGGGGUAGGCAGGUCAUGGGAAAGUUGUGCCCUACCAGUCAGGUUCUUGUACAGGUCAUGGGGAAAGUUUGACUCAAUCAGUACACUUAUUGUACAAGUUGUUGGAGAGUUCUACUAUACUUGUCAAAUUGUUGUUCAAGCCAUUGGAAAGUUUUCCUCUUGUUUUGUCCCAAAAUGUUUAGCACCAGUGGUGACAUCGAUUUCCAUCAUGUAAACAUUUUCAUAGAGAGGGACAAAUGUGCUUCCUAAAGAUGGAUAGACAGAUAAAAUUAAAUGUUCUCCAAAGUUUCUUAUUGGGGGGUGGGGGCUCUUUUGCAGCUCCUGUCCCUGAGAUUUGAGAUUUUAGUGUUGUUUUUCCAGUACACUAACUUUUUUCCUUAGUACUUUUUGUCUUUCAUUCGUGAUUGCUGGUUUGUGAUAUAAUAUGGUAAUGUUUAUGUACCCCACUGGUAAUCUCUUGGAGAAUAUUAUAUGUGCUUCUACUUUCCAUUCAUCUCACGGUAUAGUCAUUCUCUCAUUAAAUUUGAUUUUUGUGUCUGUUGUCUUGAAAGCAUUUUAGUAUUUUUGUUGUUGGAAAUAUUCUACAAAAUGACCUUUGUGACUUUUUUCUUCUUGUGUACUCAGCGUUUGUCAGCCUGAACAAAUAUGACUCUUUUUGUACACAUAUUCUUGCAAAAAUAACGCCUGUGCCUGCUUUGCACAUUUGCUUUGGCAAAGAACGAAAGAAUCAUACUAUACUCCAGAGGACAAGCAUUCUGCAUUUUGUUUUCUUUCUCUGUAUUGUAUAAGUUCACUGAGUGGCCUAGACAGGUCAAUAUUCUGUCCCCGCGGUUUUAUGCAAAAAAAUUUCUGAAAUUAUGCAAACUUAAACCAAAAAUGUGAAAUUAUGGGAUUCUGUUAAUUUUAACAAAGAAUGAUAAAGGAAAAUAAUCAGAAAUAAUGCAAAAAAUGGUCCAAUUUUGCCAAAUUAUGCAAGGUGCAUAAAACCACGUGGACAGAAUAUUUAAGUUUUCACAUGAAUUUAGGCAGGUAGGUAUAUUUAGAUAUUGCAAAUGUUUUCACAGGAAUAAGGCAGUGUAAAUGGAUCUAUUAUAUACAGUCGAACCUGCCUAGGUAAAUGCUGUUUUACCAUGAAAGGUAGUCAGUCUUCCUUGUUAAACACAUUUAGUUUUUUUUAGCCUUGCACACUGUCUUUCUGAUCUGAGAUGCUUUAUAGAAUUUAACACUCACAGAAGCUGUGAAACCUCCCUUUCCUCCCUCCCUUCCAAAGAAAAAAAAAUUUAAGGGGUCUAAUGGCAGUCCUAGGCUUGUUUUCUUAAUUUUCGUCAGAGGAUGUCAACCUGUCUGAGACAACCUCUUUCCCCGUUGAUAAUUGGUCUUAGAUCAUUUUGACUAUUGAUAUUUUCACAGGAAUGAGACAGUUAUAUAGAUCUAUGUGAGGUUGUGUUUUAGGAAUUGGGCUGUCAUUCAUUGAUAUAUAUUAUUAUUGAUGUUUUUACGAGAAUACGACAGUGUCUCAGUGCAAAAGUGCAAUAUACUUUGUCUCUUUAGUUUGAGAAAAUCAUUUUCCUUCCUUCUUUAUGUACAGUAUAACAAGGAUAGCUCGAAUUCGUCAGGACCGGCCUCGGUAGUUCGAGGGAUACUUGAACAGUGUUAUGGCCUCGGCCGUGUCAGAGAAUCGAGGGAAGCAAUAAAGAUUGCUUCCUUAGGGGCAAAACAAUAGAUCAUGUGAUGCACAACCCUUCCCUCUCGACGGCUCCACACAAGCCAGCUAGGCCUAGGACCAAGGCACGCGUGUCGAGCAGUUCGCUAAAAAUAGCACAGCUAGCUGCUUCUGUGGAGGGGGGAAGGUGGUGUUUUACCGACCUUGCCUUUUUCCGAAAAUUAUUUUGUCUCGUGUGCACCUCAAAGGACGUUGAUUUUUUACCUCUACGGCCAUGUAAUUUAGUUCGACUAUUCUGUGUUUGUGUUCGAGCUUCGCGUAAUUCUCUUACAAAAA